UUAGGUACACCUGUAGAAGCUGAGUCUAAUGAUCGUCCUGAUGUGGAACUUCCUGGUUAUCAGGCUCAGUUGAUUGAAGACUCUGUAAAAUAUAGUGGAUCAGCAAAAGUGGUUUUAAUAACUUUUAAUGCCGGACCAGUCAAUAUUACAUGGGCUGAUAUGAAUCCAAGAGUAUCAGCAAUUAUAGCUGCUUUCUAUCCAGGACAAGCUACUGGUAUUGGUUUAUUAAAUGCCAUGACUGAUCAUACUAUGCCUAAAUUCGGAAGAUUGCCCUACACAUGGUUUUAUUCUGCCGACCAGGUACCACCAAUAGUCAACUAUACAAUGGUAGACAGAACAUACAGAUAUACAACAAAACAACCAUUAUAUCCAUUUGGUUAUGGUUUAACUUAUGGUAUAUUUGUAUACAGUCAGCUCACAUAUAAACAAGAGAUAAAUGCUGGUGAUUCACAAAGUGGUCAGGUUAUGGUAGCUAAUCGUGGAGAGUUUGAUGCCGAUGAGGUCGUACAAGUAUACCUCAAGUGGAACUCUCCAAGUGUAACGACACAAAAUAUUCAACUGGUGGAUUUCAACAGAGUAACAUUGGCCAAGAACGACUUAGCUAUAGUGAAAUUUUCUAUCGCACCACAAGACAUGGCUGUAUGGACUGACGAUAAAGGAUGGGUUAUUGAAGAAGGUAUAAUAAGUUUCUAUGUUGGAGGAAGUCAGCCAGGACAACCAGCUAAAAGAACAAUGAGAACUGGAAUAAUACCAGGCACCUUUCAGAUUAAGGGAACCAAAAUACUUGGUUUUAAUUGAACCAAAGAACAGGGUGUUACAAUUGGUCUGAAUAAAAUUGUUAAAAAGC